GGUAGUUCUUGGCUCUGGAAUCAAUAAAAUAACCUCAUCUGAUGGAUUCUAUGUUGAUAUGACCUCACCAAUAUUUGACCCAGAUGUCAUGACCCAGAUAUAUAUAGAUGUAUCACAAGGAGAAUUUACACCAGUGGUUUACCAGGCUUCCAAUAGUACCAUUAAAGCAUUCUGGAGAUGUUUGGACGAGGAAAGUUCUGUUAAGGAAAGUUUCUGGGCUAUUGGUAAUACAACAGGUGGAGAAGAAUUACAAGCCUUUACAUCUGUAGGACUGAAUGCUUCAGCUAUAAACAGUUCAUUUGAAGGCAUAUUACAGCAUAACCAUACAUACUAUGUAUCAAUCAGAUGUGUAAAUGGUGGAGGACAGGCAACACAAUGGAAUGAUACUACAGGUGUGACUGUCUUAUUGGAACCACCAUUGGUAGAUGAUAUAAACAAUACAAUACCAGGAGCUACUGAAUUCCCUCACCCUGUUACACCCUCUGAUGCAAAGGAAAGUACAGAUCCUACUAGUAUAGGGUUUACCUUUUCAGUCAGUGAGGAUAAAUCUGUUACCAGAUAUGAUAUGUGUAUUGGGACAUCAGAAGACAAUGAUGACAUUUUCCCUUGUUUGUGGGUAGGCUAUAAUAUAUCUGGCUCUGCUAUUAUAAAACAUGGUUGGCUUUACAUAAAUGAUCAUAAAAUCAGACAGUUAUCAGAAUUACGUCCCAAUGAUAACAAUGCAUCAGACACAAGUACGAAUGUCUUCCACAUGGAACCAGGUCGAACAUUGUUUAUGACAAUGAGGGUCUGUAAUGAUGCAAUGCUGUGUACCAACAAAUCUCUGGGCUCUAUCACCAUCACUGAUAACAAGGCUGUGUUACAGACAUCUGUUAAUGGAGAAGCCAUUAAACUGGUCCAUUCAUUCUCAUCCAAUUCUACACGAAGAAAGAGAAGUGUGGAUUCACUUACUAUAACUACACCUGAUGGACUUGAGUCAGGCCAGAGUAUAAUGAUGCAGCCACUAGAGGAAAAAGACUUGAUAACAGACUAUAGGUCAGACUCAUCUCCUCACUUCCAGCCCUACAUUGUCAACCCAGAUACCACAUCUGAUAUGGUGGAAAGAUUAUUAUAUAAAAGGCCACUGCACAGUUUUUACUCUUUUGCACUGGUACCUAUUGGACAUCUGUCAAUGCCAGGACCAGUAAACAUCACAUUUAAUGACUUAGUUGGUGAUAAUGAUGAGAAUAAGACAGCACUCUUACAUUGGAAUCCUAUUAUGCAACAAUGGGAGAUAACUAGUAGAACAUGUGGUCAGGAUUCAGAGGUUGUCAAUGGAGAUGGAACUAUAACUGUUAUGAUUUGUAAUACAUGGAUUGAACAUGAAAACAAACAGGACAAGUCCAACAGGAAGAAGAGAUCUGCUGAAGUUACUACUCCUUACCUGUCAACAGAAACCCAGUAUAUACUGGUAUCCCUCAGUAAAGGAGUCUACAAUUCACCACCUUGGCUCAUCAGUUCAGAUAAUGUUACUAUAGAAGAGGAUUCAGGCACUCUACAGUAUCCCUUACAGGCUUUUGAUGAUGAAGGAGAAGAGAUUAAGUUUACUUUAGAUGACACUUUUACUGGGUAUAAAAUGUCUGAACCACUACUGACUGAAGAUGGAAUUCUGUUGUAUACACCUUGUAAAGAUUGUUACGGAGUAGAAUCUAUCCCUAUCAUACUAAAGGAGAACCAAUCAGAUCCAGACAUUCCACCAGCUGACACACCUGUCACAGUGACCAUUAAUGUUAUAGAUGUUAACGACCCUCCAGUCAUGUUUGUUACUCAGUAUGGCAAGUCUGUCAUGCAUUCAGAUCCUACAGAACCCAUUCAGGUAUAUUUAGAACAGAUGAAUACAUUUAACAAAGAGAAAUGGAAUCAGACGUAUACAGCACUGAUUGGUGCCUAUGAUAUUGAUAGAAGUGAUAGUCUCCAUAUAGAGGUCAAUGAGCCAUCACAUGGUAACCACACACUAACUGAGAAAUCUACAGCACCCUUUGAUGUACAGCCAUGUACAGAAAAGCAACAGGUGAACAGUCUACCUUGUGGUAACUUUAGCCAUACAUUACCUUAUGCUGGGAAGAAUAUGUCAUGGAUUUAUUACACCAUCAGUUAUGACCAAGCUAUGUUGUUUUCUGGUUAUGAUGAAAUCAAAAUAUAUAUCAACGAUACCCACAAUGCAACAUCAAAUGUUGUUACCAUUAGAUUUAUCAUCAUGGAGUCACCUUGCCAUAAUGAAGGAAUUUGUGAAGGUAAGAAUGACAGUUCAUUCCCACUGUAUCCCUGUCAGCAUUCAAACAGAGCUGAGGGCUUUGACAAGUACUACAGAUGUAUAUGUAAACCAGGGUACACAGGGAUACAUUGUGAAACUGACAUAGACGAGUGUGAGACCUCUCCCUGUACUGAGCCCCAUGUAUGUUACAACCAGGUUAAUGGAUACAAAUGUGCAUGUCCACAGGAUGAUCCUAAAUGUGACUUUAAACCAUGGAUAGUAGCUGUUAGUGUGGUGGGGGGAUUGAUGUUCCUGUUUAUAAUACUGGCAGCUCUCUACAGACGUAAAGUCAAAAAGAGUGGCCAUUUUAGAUGGGUAGAGAAGCAUAUUCUAAAGAGAAAAAUGAAUGAUUCCCUGACAUCACUUAGAUCUGAAUCCUCUGAAGCCAGUAUGGGAGAUAUCAAUUUUGGAAGCCUUGUUUUUACUGAUGGUAAAACUGGACCUUUUGACAGUGAUGCAAAUGAAUCAUCUGUUGACAAGGGUUUAAUUUUAUUCCCAGAAAAAGAUGGCAAAGCAGAGCCCCAAAGAGGAUGGAGACGACCCUUUGUAUCAGAGUUUCCUCUUUUUAACAAUGCAUCAGUCAGUCCAGAGCCACUACAACCAAAUGCUAAACCAGUAUUUGAGCCUAAAUCUCUGGAACCAACUGAAUCUGACACAGUUGGAGGUUUAACCACGGCUCCUGUUAUCGUGAAGUCUGAGGGCCUUAAGGCAAAGGGAAUUACACCAGAUUCACAAGGGAGAAACAGGAAACCAGCUCAACUAGAAAAGAUUGUCAAUCCUGAAAAGUCCAGCAAAGAAGGCAAAGAGAAGAGAAAGCAUAGUAAGGAUGCCAAAGAGGAUUAUCCUGAAAACUGGGUUAUUCCUUCACUUGCAACAGCAUUUGCCAUGCCAGAUCCAUUGAAAGGCUCUAACCGUCCACCAAAGUUUAAGCCAAAAAGACCAAAAUCACAAGAUUUAAAGAACUGGACACCUGAAUUCACAUCGCACAGGACUGCAGAAUCCUCUGGUCAAGAAAUAGAUCUGGAGAUGACAACUUCAGAGAGACCAGCAUCAGGUCAGAGACCAAAGUCACCAUACCGAGUGAUGGAACAGAAUGAAUCAUCAACUGAUGACCCAGUUCCAUAUAGUCUUUAUCCUGAUACUAAGACACCAAUGCUGUGAUUGAAUGGACUUGAAAACUGAUUUACGUCAAAUUUGUAGUAAUUGAUUAUUUUGUGAUUUUAUUCUUCCGUCCAUUUUAGACUGUGAUACAGUUACUUCUUCUGUUUUGUUUAAGUUAUUGCAUAUAUUUACAUAAACUUGUAUAUUCUUAUUUAAUAUUUAAAGUCUGUCCAUAGACAUUAAAGCAUCUGCUUCUAAAGAAAAGUUAACAAAAAAUAGUAAUAAUUCUCAAUGGUUGUAACUAUACUCUUUUAUUUGUCUUCUUUUAAAAAACUUACAGUUGACCAGGUAUUUUUAAAAUUCAGUAUUCAAAUAUUAUACAACUAACGCUUGCUAUGUUUAUUACAUACUAUACAACUAUAAUGAUAUAAAAUAAAAUAUAA